GCCAGCGGGAUCAAUCGUCAGAGGUGCAUACUGACUGAAGAAGAGGGAAAGCAGGAACCGGACACAGGCCAGUGUUAGUCCAUAAGCAUUUGGAGAAGGUCGCAUACAUUCUCUUCCUUUAUGCAUUUGAAGAAUGCAAGCCUGUAUAUAAGACACUUACCUGGAAUACCAAGAUGCAGCGAAUUUGCAACUCCACCGUCCCAUUUAGCCAUAUGGCCCAAAGCAAUAGCAAAGAUCUGAACUGUCUAAGAUCCGGUUCAGCGUCCCACACAGAGAGCAAAAGAGGGGAAGUGGAGCAACUAUCGACCUAUCUGUUGAAAGCCAUCAAUCAGGGAACUGCAAAUCAUGAGUUAACACACGGGACAGAGAAACAGUCCAUUAUUGCUCAAGCAGAGUGUGAGUCUCAGGAUUCACAGGAGUUCUGUCCCAAUGGCAGCCUACCAAACAGCCUGCGUAGCAUCUCCUCUUCAUCCCUGCACAGCUCCGUCUCUCACAGUCGGCCCCGGAAGAAGCGACGUAAGAGACGGCGACGUGUGCAGGUAGAGAAAGACAACCAUCAAAGAGCUGUUGCCAGCGAAUCAGUGCCAGAACAGGACAGUGGAGAUUGCCAUUCAUCACUUGCUCAUGUUCGAAAUUCAGUUUGCACCAGUAGCAGUUCAUACAGCAGCUGUGCCCUUAGCACAGAAAGGGUGUCUGUGCAGGAGACAGAAGCCCCAUCAUGGCCGGCCCAACAGACCUUCCCGAGACUGUCCUCCUGUCAGAGCUACACUCAGGAGAGCGAGACCGAAUGUCCUCUGGCUGUUAUGGCCCUCAGGGACUUUGUCACAACAGAAGAUCCCUGCUUUGCCCACGGCUUUGUCAAAGAUGUGAUGAGAGAGUACAGAGAAAGAGAGGAGGACGAAAGAGAGGAGAGCGAUAAAAAUGAAGGGAUUCUCUUCAAAGAGGGGCUACAACCAGUGAAUUAUGAGUACAGAGAGGGAUGGGAGUAUGAGCGCUGUGCUUUUCUAAAGCAGGGUUCAUUUGGAGAGGUCUACAGCAUCAAAGACAAAGGCACGGGGUUCAUGUGUGCUGCCAAAAAGGUGCCAUUGGUGAGUUUCAGCACUGAGGAGGUGGGCUCGUGGAGUGCCCUGCAGUCUCCUCGGGUGGUGGAACUCUUUGGAGUGGUGCGUGAAGGUCCGUCCAUCAUCCUAUUUAUGGACCUCAAAUCAGGUUCUAUAGGACAACUGGUAGAUAAGCGAGGCCGUCUACCAGAAGAUUUAUCUCUGCAUUACCUGCAGCAGGUACUGGGGGCGCUAGAUCACCUGCAUAAAAGGCGCGUCCUUCACCUUGACAUCAAAGCUGAUAAUGUUUUGCUGUCUGAAGAUGGGAAAGAUGCAUUCCUAUGUGAUUUCGGCCAAUCAGAAAGGAUGGACAAACAAGGACGAAGUUUUUGUCAGGACCUAAAAGGCACAGAGACUCACAUGGCACCUGAAGUGGUGAUGAAUGAACCCCGUUCUUCAAAAGCAGACAUUUGGAGUAGCUGCUGUAUGCUCCUGCACAUGCUCAAUGGCUGUCAUCCAUGGACCCGCUACUAUUCUCGUCCACUUUUUCUCAAAAUAGCAGAAGAACCUCCACCACUGAGAGAAAUCCCACAUGACUGCAGCUCCCAUACCGCUGAUGUUAUAAAAGCAGGACUGCAGAAAGAUCCGAACCAACGAGCUUCCGCCAAAGACCUCAUCAUAAAAACUGCUAAGGCACUUAAAGAAGUUGGAGGACUUCGCAGUCCAGCAAGAGGGGGAACCUAUCAGAAACCACUGGGCAAGCCAGAAAAACCUGACCCCACUCAUUUGACCACACCCACCACAUCCCAAUAUUCCACUUCCUCUCAUAGCUCCAAGCUGCAGUGGAUGAGCUCAGAGCAGAAGAGGAGAGAUGGCACCGAGCAACAUGAAGAGAAACCAGAUGAGGUAAAACGGUGGGAACAGAUGGAGGAGAGAACAGAUGAUGACCACUCUCCUCCACAGUCACUGAUCCACAUUCAACCUACAUCACCCGAGCCACAGAUAAUCAAUAAGACUGAGCCAGAACCCCCAGGACCCACUAAGCAAGAGCUAUGGAGACUUGAGAGAGAUUUCUACCUGAGCAGCCUAUCAGAGCCUGAGUUACAAGAGCAGCUGCUGUCAUGUCUGAGUAGCGACUGCCUGUUCACUUCAGAAUACUGGGACAAAAAGGAUUCAGGACGCUGGUCAGUCGGCCCUGGUGAUGACCUCAGCUCGGGUGUAUUCUCUUACACCAGCCAACAAGAUGGCCAAAGCUUCAGCAGGGACUGGAUAGCCCAGAAAAAUCAACCUCCUCCCCGUUGCUUUGAGGGGGUAGAUGUUUACAUCAGGGACUUUGAUGGGAAAUGCUUUCAUAUUCGUGAGACUCCAAAAGUGAAAGUAGGGCACAUUGCAAGAGGAAUUAGUGAUCAGAUCUCAGAGCAAGUGUUCAGUCUGCAAGCAGAGGAUGGUCGCUCUGUAUCCUAUGACGAAGAAGUAACAGAAAAACGCCUUUUCUUGCGAUGUGUCUCGGCUCCUAACUGCUGUACCCCCGCCCCAAAAUGCAAACACGCCCAUUGCUGCAAAAGACCAUGGAGCUGGAGGAUCAGAGACGGGGUCCUUGAAACUAGUGUCUGACUUGUCCGAUCAUAGAUCAGCUUUUGAGCUAGCAAAUGUCUUUAAAAAGAUGAAAUUCGAUUUGGUUUUAAAACACAAAAUCUGCUUCUGUCACUUUAUCUUUUGCCAUUCAUGUUUCUCCAUCUAUUGUUAUAUUAUUGGUUUACAUUGUUAGAAUCUGAAGUUGUUUAAAUUACUAUUUAGGUUCUAUACCUCACAUCAUGUCAUGAGCUUUCAUAAAACAUUUAAUUAUACAUAGCAAAAAAAAAAAAAGAUAUGAAGGCCUUUCUUGAAUCAAGAAUUUGCCAUUGCUAAAAUUCAGGCCCAACAAGUAGCCCAGCCUAUAACAAGGACCAAACACUGUUACUUACCAGUUCUCCUCUUCUGACACUGCCUUAACCCAAAUCACAUGAAUGACACCAUAAUGCCAGUAUGGUCUGCCUCUUUAGAUGUAUACCCAGGUGUCUGAAAUUCAUGUCUGUUUUUCUAAUGUUUUAUCUGUUUUUUUAAGAUUCUUGUGAUGUUUAAUAAAAGCAAACCUUGA